AGUGUUUGUAAAAAAAAAAAAAAGAUGGCCGCAGGGUCGAGUUUCACCUUCUAUAUAUAAGCCUGGCGGGUGCCGAGUGUCGCGGCUAUUUAAAUGCCACGCCAGCGGCGCUGGAGCAAGCACACGCCGCGUCGCCACCGCCGCAACAUGAUGGACCUUUUCGAGACCAACGCGUACCUCUUCAGCGAUUUGCGCUACUUGGACGAGAGCGAACAUGGCGCGCUGCAGCACCUGGACAUGGCGGGCGUGUCGCCGCUGUACCGCGCCGCCGACGAGGACAGCCCGCCGUCGCCCGGCCGGGACCGGACGGCGUCCGAGACGGGCGAGGACAGCGGCGACGAGGAACACGUGCUGGCGCCGCCCGGCCUGCGGGCCCACUGCGAGGGCCGCUGCCUGAUGUGGGCCUGCAAGGUGUGCAAGAGGAAGUCGGCGCCCGCCGACCGCCGCAAGGCCGCCACGCUGCGCGAGCGCCGGCGCCUCAAAAAGAUCAACGAGGCUUUCGACGCGCUCAAGAAGAAGACGGUGGCCAACCCCAACCUGAGGCUGCCCAAGGUGGCCAUCUUGCGCAGCGCCAUCGGCUACAUCGAGAGGCUGCAGGAGCUCCUGCACGGCCUGGACGAGCAGGACCGCUCCGCUGAACGAGACGCUGCGAUCGCUUCGGCAACCCAUUGGAAAAAAUCCUGCGAGACCUGGACCGACGCGGCCGACCAUUCCGGCGACGGAUCGGCGAACCCGAGGGAAGGGUCCGGCGAGUCGUCGGCGUCCUGCAGCCUGCUGCGUCUGUCCUCCAUCGUGGACAGCAUCAGCAGCGGCGGCCUUGCCGCCGCUUCGGAAAAAUAAUUUCCCACAGUUCCCUCUCCUGGUGUACAUAUUUUCUAAGUGUCAGAAUUCAGAUGUAUUUAUUUUAUAAUGGAGUGAGGACAAACUUAGGAAGCCGUUGUACUCAUUUAAAUAAAUGGCUUCAUCUUGAAAA